AUGGGAGAGCCUUCAGCGGGGGCCCUGGGGGAGGCGGUCGUCCAGCAGACAAGCAUGAUGGGCCCGAGCCAGACCCCAGACGCGGAAACAAAACGAGCAGCAACAAGGGGACAAGCCCGGCUUGCGGAUUGGUCGCGCUUUCGAGAGUCCAAGGAUCCUCAACUCAAUUCGCCUAUAGAAGAAUAUGAGAAGUGGGCUGAAUCGCUGCUAGCUGCCAGGGAAAAAGUCACGAAAACGCUGCAGACCUCAGAGGAUGUCCCGGCAGUUGACAAUCACCUGCUCCACCUUUGGGAGGCCAGGAGAGGCCUCACCAGAAAAUGGAAGAAGCAAAAACUAAAUCGCAAGCUUAAAAUCAAAAUCGCUGAAAUCACACAACAAGCAGAGGAAUACGCGUGGACCUUGGCCAAGAACAACUGGCUAACCAAGUGCGACUCACUGAGAGGCGGGCUUGGCGCCAAGUCCGCGUGGAACCUCCUGCGUUGCCUGAUCGAGCCCAGCAAGACGAGGGGAGAGCAAAAGCGGAACCUGAAGAGAGCACUCCACGGCUAUGCAGGUACGGAUGAGCAGGUGGUGACAGCCCUCGCGAGCAAAUACCUCUGUACGACCAAAGAUGACGAACCUGUGCUACAUUAUCAAGGCAAGGAUAAUCCGGAACUCGACAGAGACUUCGAUGAAGAAGAAAUACAGGCGGCGUUACUAAGCAUGAGAAGAGGUACGGCGCCAGGACAUGACAAAAUCACGGUAGGCUUGCUUGCCAACAUGAACAAGAAGAUGCUAAGCCACCUGACGGUUUACAUCAAUGAGUGCUGGAGAACUGGCAAACUCCCCCUGGCGUGGAAAUCGGCAGACGUCAGCUUUAUCCCUAAGCCAGGCAAAGAGGUAAGCAUUAACAACCUCCGUCCGAUUUCGCUCACUUCAUGUGCCGGCAAGCUGAUGGAGAAAGCAGUGCAUACCAGGCUUUCAGCGUAUUUGGAGGAAAACGAUUUGAUGCCCCACACCAUGUUUGGCUUUCGGGAGCGCCUACCCACGCAAGACGUACUGUUGCAGCUCAAGAUGGAAGUUAUUGACCCACCCAGCAAACGCAAUAGUAGAGCCAUCUUAGCCCUGGAUCUCAAGGGUGCUUUCGAUAAUGUGAAGCACUCAAAAAUACUGGACAACCUGCGGAAGACACAAUGUGGAAGAAGGACUUUUGAAUACGUCAGAGACUUUCUACAAGACAGACGAACUCAUGUAAGAGGCCCUAUGGGCACUAGGGGUACGCCACAAGGAGCAGUCCUCUCUCCUCUGCUCUUCAACAUCGCCCUUAUGAAUUUGCCGGAACAACUCGAUCGCAUAGAGGGAAUUCGGCACGCCCUCUAUGCAGACGACAUCACUAUUUGGGUGACCAAGGGCAGUCUGGGGCAGAUGGAAGAGGCGCUUCAAGAGGCUGCUUCGAUGGUCCAAAGAUAUGCCGAGGAGUGCGGACUGCACUGCUCUCCGGAAAAAUCGGCUCUUUUCAUCAUGCGCAGACGACAAGAUGAAGCCCCGGUAGAAAUUAGGGUUCACGACGCCGCAAUCCCUGAAGUGGAGACAUUGCGUAUCCUGGGACUACUGCUUAACAACAAGGGUGCCAACUCAGAAAUGAUUGCUAAGCUCCGUUUGCACGAGAGGGUGGCUCCCCCUGAAAAUGGUGGCGACGCACCAGCCCUCAAGGAGGCUCUCGAAACUGAGAACUUCACACUGGCGCCAUCGCGCCCAACCGCUGGCAGUGGGCAGCGCAGUUCCCGAACGCACUCGUCAGUGUCGCAGAAGAUCACGACAUGGGAGUCCGUACCCACAAGGGACGAGGGGCGUCUACCUGAGGUGCCCGGAGGGCCGACGCAGCUUCCCGUCGAGACGACAGAAGCCUCCACCAGAGGGCCGCUUCUACUCUGCACCGUAGGCCCAUCGCUGCAGGAGCAAUCUAUUCCGCCCGACGGGAUCUGUGACCAACUCUUCUACACGAGCGUGCACGUGAUGAGGCGCACCGUGCACAGUGUGCACGACGAACUGGGCUGGCUGCGCUUCAAGGAGGCGAUGGCCGCUGUCUCCCAACCAGGUACCACUGGUGGCUUGGCCUUCGACGUGCGGUAA